GGAAUUAGCCUUUGGAGCUGAUUCAAAUGGCUCAGGAGUGGUCAUACUUUUGGAAUUGCUGAGGUUGUUUUCUGGUCUAUAUGCAGAACAAAAAACCAGAGGGAGGUAUAAUCUGGUAUUUGCGUUGACGGGUGGUGGUAAACUUAACUACCAAGGUAGUAAAAAAUGGUUAGAAGACCAGCUUGAUUCUGUAGAUGGUAGUAUAAUACAGGAAGCAUCCUAUAUCAUGUGUUUAGAUACAUUGGCAGCAAACGACUCGAUAUACAUGCAUGUCUCGAAACCUCCAAAAGACGGUUCACCAUCAUCGAUAUUCUAUAAAGAAUUGAAAGCUGCUGCCAGCGUUAUACACCCAGCCGCUUCGGUAGAAGGGGUACACAAAAAAAUCAAUUUAGCAGAUGAUAUACUUGGAUGGGAACACGAAAGAUUCAGCAUCAGAAGACUACCCGCUUUUACUUUAUCCACUCUCAAAAGCCACAAAGAUUUUAGGAAGUAUACAAUCAUGGAUACGAGGGAGAAUUUGGACUUUGAUAGGCUAGUGAGGAAUGCCAAAAUUAUUGCUGAGGCUUUAGCCAGGCAUAUUUACAAUGUGCCAUCAGGGGAGAUUUUUGGAAAUUCUUGGAACGUAGAUAAGAAACAUAUCGAAACUUGGAUAAAUUACGUAGCAAGCCUGCCUAGAUCUCCUCAGAUAUUAAGUUCGAAAGACAAUCUAUUAGUAGCCACAUUUAAAGACACAUUCAACAAAUAUUUGCGGGAUGUUAGAGUAACCAACGCCGUACCAGACAAGAGAGACCCAGACUUUCAAUUUUACCAAAUAGCAAGUGGAACCGUAAAUGUUUACAGUGUGAAGCCAGCCAUUUUCGACCUAGUCGUAACCAUAGGAAUAAUAUUGUACCUCUUAGUGAUAUAUUUGUUUAUUGAUCGACUACCAUCGUUGUACAACUUAGCAUGUUCCUUCACAGUGAAUACAAAAAUAAAGAAUAAUUAACAAGUUUUUUGUUAGCGCUGUCGAAAUAGUCACUUUAGUUAAUUCCUCGUUUUUUUAUAUUUUUCUGUUGCAUAGUUUUUACAUCGAAUAGUCUAAUUCUGUGAUUAUAAAAAUAAACACUUGUCAACAGUAUUUAAGUACAACCGUUUUCUCUUGCAAUAUUAAACAACUUGUUAC